AUGUCUUCCCUUGUUGACAACAACCCAACAACACUACAGCGCCCAUCAAUCGCUAUUUCACUCUACUCCUACGGCCAUUCAAAUGGACCAUUUGUGAGGUCGGAGGAACAGGAACAAGACUCGAUCAUGCUGUCAUACAAUAUUCGCCAUCUUCCAAAUCCACCACGGAAUCUACGGGCCAUGACAACCGGUCUAUCACCCCGACUUCGGAAGGAGUUUCUGAAGAAUGAUACUGUGGAGACCUUUCUUGAAAGGACCCAGAAUGAGAUUAUUAGUUCGCUCGGGACAUGUUGUGAUGCUUUAUCUCAAGAAGACCACACGUCUCACUGCAAGGAGCAGGAUGCCAGCCCCCCUGAAAGCGUGGACCUUGGUACUCACCAGAACCCCGAUAUCUCACUACUUGUGACUGUGUGUUGCGAGGAAGGACGUCACCGAAGUGUUGCUUUUGUGGAAGAGUUGGCAAGAAGACUUGCUUUAUUGAGAGGUGGUGAUGACUUGUCUCGUCCUUGGAAAUUGAGUAUUACUACUUCCCAUCGAGAUCUCGAAGUCUUGGGAUCUGGUUCGGACUUGACGGCGGGCAGCCAAGGAGGGAAAUCCCGUACAAAGAAUAGACAGAGAGGGGGUGGGAAAGAUGCAAGAAGACUUAAUCAGAAGAACAGGAAUGGACACGAUGAGGAUGUGGUAUAA